UUGGGGCGGAGUGUAGAGUCUAAACUGUGCUGUUUAGCGACCGGAAUAAACCUAUUUAACAUUCAAUUAUUUCAUUAUCGAAUUAUGUAAAAUUUGUCAUUCGCGCGAGCAUUUUCACGCCUAUACAUUUCAAAAUUAAAUAAGUAUCAGUGAAAUGUGACAGUGAAUGUGUGCAAAACCGGUGUGUUGAGGCGUAUGAAUUAACUUUUUUUUUUUUUUUCUACUAAUGAACAAGACGUUAUUUUUAUGCAAUUUUCGUGUUUGUUAUAAAAAUUGCUUUAACGUAUGCAAAUUUUUAAAAAACAGUGGUACUUUUUAAAAAACAGUUUUCAAUCAAAAUCAUGGUUCUCUAGUUUUCAAAGUCAGUAUAAGAGCGGAAGCCCUUAUCCCGCAUAACCUUUCUCGGAGGCGCGCAACGAUAGGGGUCAAAAUAAUUUCGAAAACAUAACUCUAAAAAUCAAUCCAGCUUAUCUGAAAAUAUUUCCACGUAAGUUCAACGCACUGAUAAUAUCCUUUUGCCAAAAACCUGUCCUAACAAACUUAUCACGUCCUCGGCAUCGCGAGCACGAACAAUUGUCGGCAAAGCGUUGACCUCUAUAGUAUUACACAUUAUGAAUUCAGCGAUUUUUCGACAAUACCGCACGAGAUACGGAGCCGCGCAUUAUAUUAUAGGAAGGGAUUAAUGAGAUUCUGCCGUACAUAAGUCGAUCUCUUUUUCGUCUACGUCGAGCGUCCGAUUCGAUUUCGCGCGUAAAUUGAUUAUGCGGCUCUUUUGGUGUAAUCGCGUACAAUGAAUCAGGCGCGAGAAAAAUUACGGAAGUGCAUGAAAGCCAUAAGAAUUCAGCCGAUCUGUGCGUCAAAGCUUUUUGCUUGCGUCUUCGCCGAUUGCAAAAAUCUUUCGUCGUAUUUUAAGCCUUAUUUUGUUCUUAUCUCAUCGCGCACCGUUUAAACGGAAAGUGCGCUAAUUAAACAAUUCUCUUGCAGCCGCGCUUCUCUUUGAGAAAUGUGUGUUAGGUAUAUUCUAUAUCAGAAGUAUUUAUUGCGUUACAAACGUGCGGCGAUUAGAAAAAUGUUCGUUGGCUUUUAUGACGCGCGUCAAUUAAAUUUAGCAGCGACGGUAUUACACGUACGACAUACUGCACUUGCGCAAAAAUAAACAGCAAGAAAUAUCGAUUUCGAUCGAGAUGUUUUCAAAGCUGCGCGCGAACUUGCGGCGUAUUUUUCUUCGACGACGGAAUUCCUCGUGCGAAGGUUCCCGAUUCUAUAUACUUCAAAUUCACACUGACAUUCUCUCGCUCGAGUCGUGCCGCUGCAUCGCGAAACAAUAAUUCCACAGCUGCGCGUCUCGCUUGUGUAUCUUUCUCGCUGCGGCAAUAGACGGCCUUUUUUGCGAGCCUUCAUUUCGUCAUCGCAGGUGUUUUUCGCGACAUAGGAAUUUCGCUGUGCCAUCCGUAUUAGCGCUAUCGUCAUUUUCAUCGUCGCAACUGAAUCGUUAUUUAUCAUAUAGUUAUAACUAUAAGUACCCGACAUAAAUAUCGUUUGCGGUUAGGGCACUACCUAUAUGUACGAAAUAAAGGCGACUUUUGCUUCCGGUUUUGAUAGCGCGCGCUUUCCGUUCUACUGCUUUACGCGAUUAUUUUACGUAUACUUAUACCUUCUUAUCUCGGCUUAUCUAGUUCACCACAUGCUUCGAUUUUUCGUGGGAAAAGCGACAAUUGCCGGUGUAUAAUUUUAGAAGAUUUGAUUAUAAUUGUACGAUCCGUUUCGUUUUUAUUUGCGAACCACUUGACCCUCGGACACUAUUAUUGUGUUAUGCACGAAUGCAGAGUACGCGCAGCUUCAUUGUUAUUUAUCUACCUGUCAUAUGGGAUGUUGAAUAAUCAUUUUACAUAAUAACAAUUGAAUCCUGCAUAAGAAUUUAUUUAAAGAUUGUUCCAGUUCCUAGUCAAACACGUAUACGUUAAAGAAUCAGUUCAUAUUUUUUUUCAUCCCCGCAAAAAGCGCUUUUAGUAGGAAAACCCAAUGGUGUAAAGACUUGUUCUUUAAAGAUUUUAAAAAUGCUGUCGAAGAAAGGGGCAGAAACGUACUCGACGUGGCAAUGGCGAUCGGACACACUAUAAGACGUCAUUCAACAAAACUUGGAGAAAAAUCGGAAACUCGUCGUCAACUAUAUUCAUCUCCAAUGGAGCUUUAAAAUGAGGUUACAUAGGUUACAUAGUGGGCCUGUAGUUUAUCAAUUUUUCUGCAGGAACGUUCUCACAACGAAAUGAUUGAGACGCAGUGCAAACUAUAUCCAAUAUAAUUCAUCGAUUAGAUGCGAAUAGGACGUAUUAUUUUUCGGUAAUCUUCGAAUAAGAGACAAAGUGUUAAUUGAAACUGAUGGUAUCAUCUUCAAUGACGAAUUUAGAAGAAUAAAAAACGCGACGGAUCAAAGUUGGAAAAUUUCUUCCGAUCGAUCUAUCAUGACAACUGCACACUUCUUUAUCAAUUAGUUUUUAUCGGAGAUUUUUCAUGCGCCAAGUUGGUGACGCACAUAAAGAACCAGCUAUACAAUUUCUAAAGAUUUUAAUUUCAAAACUCGACCGAGAGACUCGUCAUCGGCUCUACAACAGAGAGGUCGAAGCAACGUAUCAAUAAUAUUCUUCUGCGUAUAAUAAUCCCAGCGAAUUUCGCUGUACAGCCGAGCAGAAAAAUCAACGCCUCAGAUAAGACCGGCGAUAAAACUCUGACCACCUGUCUCGCGAUCGAUAAAAAAACGCCGAUUUUUCCCGCUCCUCGCGCAAACAAGCCACACAGCAUCAUCGUUCUCGUCGUUCGAUCUUUUCAGGCCGAUAUAGCAUCGAAUCUGCGGGCCCGAAAAAAGAUCCUUGACUACUCGACCUCGUGCUCGUGUGCACGCAAUUUUGGCGAAUUAGUAUGAGAAGCGCGCGCCGCGGCACACGGAGGACGCGGCGUAAGGCAAGGAGUAGCCGCCGCGCUGUGUAAUACAGUUCAGUGGAGCGUAGGCCGCCGCGGCGUGUAGUCGUCGAUAAGAGCUCAUUACGCGAGGCUACACUUAUCAUCAGCUCCGUGUGUGUGAUUUAUCUCUCGCGAGUGACUUUAUUUCGGGAGAGUGCGCGGAAUCGUGUGUGCCUUCGACUUUUCCCGCCAUCAGUGCUGCACGUGCGGCUGGCUCAUAUAUAUAUACCCGCGCGCGCGCGAUGUAUAGGUGACACAAGUGUCUUUUUUUCUUCUGUUCUCCUGCACCUCCUGUGAUGGAGACCAUGUGAUCGGUGGAGGAAGAUCACCCAUUGCUGGGCUUUUUGUAUCGAGGCUCGAGCACGCAAGCGACGUCCCGUGUCGAUGGUGAUAAUGCAGCAUCCGCCGCCGCAGAUCCGACACACGACGUCGACGGAGGACGUGUCGGCGGCCAGUUCUGUGGCGGCUGCGGCUGCCCUGGCCCGCAGCUACCGCAGAAGCAGUCUCGCCGCGACGCUUCACGCGAACUUCAUCAGUCUCGGCGGACACCCCGACGCCUUCGAUGCAGCCAGGCGUCGGCUCAGCAACGUCAGCGACGUCGUCUCGCGAAAAAUAUCGCGCACCAUCGGCUGGCGAUCGCUGUCCGUCUCGGUCGAGCUUACAGUCUCGCAGGGCAAAGCGCUCUGCGGCCAGUACAUCCGCAGCCGUCUCAGGCGCUCGGGCAUCUUCCACCGCAAGCUGGGCCUGAAGCGAGUGCGUAGCGCCAAGCUGAUAUCGGGCAGCAGCGUGGUCGAGGAGGUCUUCCCGGUGCUGGACGCCCUCGGCACGGAGCUCGAGAAGAUGCACCCGCAGCUGUACGAGCGCGUCGGUCGCCAGAUCGGUCGCGGUCUCUUCAACAGCGAGCAGAAGGUCUCCGACGCUCUGACCGACAUCUCCCGCGAGAUGCUGCGGGCCGGCGAAUGCAACUGGGUCAAGAUCGCCUCGAUUUACGCGGUGGCCGGCGGCAUCGCCGUGGACUGCGUGAAACAGGGCAAACCCGAGUUCCUGCCCGUCAUCCAGAGAGCUAUGAUCAUCGUCCUCGAGGAGUACCUCGCCUCGUGGAUACAGGCCAAUGGUGGAUGGACUGCUUUGGUACUCAAGUACAGGCCGGCGCCGAGGCAAACGAAUUGGCAAGCCGGCGCAGUGAUAUUCUUCGGACUCGUAGCCGUGAUCUGGGCUAUCCUCUGUUUCGCAGUGGCAUUCAAAGCCUCUUUACUGUGAUAAACUGCUGUUUUCGACGCGCAUUUUUGGAAGAACUCACAUAGAAUUCGUAACUUUCGUAAUUUUAAUUAAUUUAUAUUCAAUCAUGUGUAUGACUUGCGUGUACGCGCGCCUCUAUUGUUUUAUUUAUUGACGGAUUUGCGCUCGAUGAGCAAGCCGCAUAAUCUCGGGGGAGAUGGCGAGGCUGACAUAGGAUCCCGAGAGUUCAGUUUAUGGUCCGCCCCUCCCCUACUCCGGAUCCUUCGCUGCACGCCCAGGACUGCAUUAGAGUAUGCGUUAUACCGUCGUUGCUGGAGCACUUUUGACGGAGCAGCAGACGUAGAAGGUUCUUGCCAAUAUUUCAAGCGUUUGGAAGCAGAGGCACAGAAGGAAAAUCGGAUGCGCCAACGACGUAAUCUGAUGAUCAUCAUGCACAACGAGCAGGAGAUUUUAAUUUCAAUAGUGCUUCUAUUGUUAUUUUACAGUUUAUAGUGCGAUAUUGAAAGCAUUUCAAAUUCUACUCCGACGAUUUUCAAAUACUUAUAUGCAUUAUCCUCCUGUGUGAGAAAGUGAUUUUUAACGCGCGGUUGAAGUGGAUUAUGUAUUGGUUAAUUUCUGAUGAAUCAGAAAGAGUGGUUGUUUUAAUGGCGCUAAAUUUGAAAAUUCUAAUCUGAAAAUGUAGCCCGCUUAAAUACUAAGCACCUAGUAUAUGAAUAAACCUCGAUCGAUCACAAUUUA